GUUUUGUGUGUUUCAGCAACUUGUAGAUCAUUGAACUGAAUGAAGAUGAAGAUUGAAGCUCUUCUCCUUAUUGUAGCUGCUCUACAGGAUCACACCGUGGCUGAUGAAGGACAGAUAUAUCCACUGGAUAUGGCUCUGAAUUCAGUUGAUGUCCAAUAUAAGGGAUGCACAGAAAAAAUGGCAGCUCUGGUGAAAACAAAAUAUCUGCCCAUGGAAAUGAAUAACUCCAUUGAAUUUAAGAAUACCUGGCAAGAUGGUGAAAGUAAAGCCAAAAAUCCGCAGGAUAAUUUGCAACAGAUUCAUUCGGUUGCUCUUUAUGUGUACACGAACAACAAUUCUAACGUAUACCGUACAUUCAAUAAUGCCGUUCGGGGUGAGAAACAAAAUUAUAAAGACAGGAAGUUUGCAUGGUAUUCGCUUCACUUUCUGAUAACCGAAGGCAUACAGAUUCUGAAGAAAACGCAAAACAAAUGCUAUUCGACAUUUCGUGGUACGACUGUAGAGUUUGAGAAGGACGUCCUGAACAAAGAGGUUCGCUUGGGUUCAUUUACCUCCUCCUCUCUCGAUCGGGCUGUAGCACAGGGUUUUGGACCUAGAUCUUGUUUUGAAAUCGAAACCUGCGAAGGCGUUGAUGUGAUCAAAUACUCUAAAUAUCCCGACCAGAAAGAGGUGCUGAUUCCUCCGUAUGAGAAGUUUAAAGUCGUCGCUGUGAAGACAAAAGGUCAGACAGGGGCCUGGUGUGACACUUUGUACACUUUGAAAAGCUCGGGAAAGAUUAGUUACAUGAACUGCGUUGUUGAUGCAAAACUAGUUCAGGACAGAACCAAAUUUUAAAGGCUUUCCAUUGUUUAGACAAGACCUUUAAUGCUCAAAUCGUCUGAGUAUGCUUU